AUGUCUGCUUUUAGCAUUCCCAAUAAGGUGUGCGACAAAUUGGACUCCUUAACCAGAAGGUUUUGGUGGAAGCCAUGUCAUCGAGAGGGCAGAUUUAUUGCUUGGAACUCGUGGGAUAAACUUUGCUAUCCGAGGAGUGUUAGAGGUCUAGGCUUCAAAAAAGCAAAGAAUGUGAAUUCUGCACUGCAAGCCAAGCUGGUCUGGAUGAUAGCAUCCAAAAGGGAUAGCCUUUGUAUGAGGAUUCUAAGAUCAAAAUACAAGGUCAAGGAAGAUUGGCUCAGGGCUGAAGCAUCAAAGCAUGUUUCACCAAUUUGGAAAGCUAUUGAGAAUGCUAAGACCAUUGUUUCAAAAGGAGCUUGUUUCAUUAUUGGAGAUGGCAGCUCGGUAGACGUUUGGCUAGAUCCUUGGGUGCCAUGGAUCCAGGGAUUUAUUCCAACCCCAAAAGGCUAG